UUAGUCAGUGACAUGGCGGAUGAAGUGGUUUUUGAUUUGUUGCACUCCGAGAUAGUGAAUUACGUUUUAGAGUCCAAUAGCAAAAAUAAAGAAGGAAAGGAUGAAGACUUGUCAACUCUGGAAUACGUGGGGUUUUCAGUGGGAUACAGGUUAAUUGAGAGACUAACCAAGGAAAUGACCAGAUUUAAAGAGGAACUAGACACCAUGAAAUUUAUUUGUACUGACUUUUGGUCGGCAAUCUAUAAAAAGCAAAUAGACAACUUAAGAACUAAUCAUCAGGGUGUAUAUGUUUUGCAAGACAAUAACUUUCGUAUUCUGAAUAAGAUGUCAAACAGCAAGCAGUACUUGGAAGUAGCACCUCCUUACAUUGCAUUUACUUGUGGUCUCAUCAGAGGAAGUCUUGCCAAUUUAAACAUCCAUUGCUUGAUUACUGCUGAAGUGCAAAGUUUACCUGCAUGUAAAUUCCACAUUCAAAUACUAAGGACGUAGGAAAUAUGUCAGUUAUAAGUAAUUUGUCAUUGUGGUUGGGCAAUUUUGCAGGUAAUUUAUGACAGAUAAAUGAGAGUAGUUUGAGUCAGUAAAUCAGGUUUGGUUGAAACAAAAUUCUAAAUUAUAUGUAUGUUAUAAAAUAUUUAUUUGUAAAUUUUGUUCAAAAAAAUAUCAU